UAAAUCACCUGAACUAAUGUAUAAACCAAGAUUCUUUUUAAUUUAUUGUGUUUUCUGAAAUUCUUGCAUAGAGGCCUAUGUACUGUACUAUCACGAAAAGAAGCCAAUGCAUCUUUGCAAAAGUAGCCUCAAAAAGAAGCCCAUCCAAAGUUCGCAUAAAAAGGAAGCCCAGUGCUUUAAUCUGAGGUUUUACGGUAUGUGUAAGAUGUGCAACUGAAUAGACGGUAAUUACACACUUCUUCCAGUAAGCCUAUUAUCAUAUUUAUCAUUUUUGUAUUUAAAACAUUUCUGAAAAUUUGAAAACGAUCAAUAUUUUAUAACUUUUGCCUAGAAGUCCACUGUGGAUACGUACUGUUGAAAAAUUUAUUGAGCAUUUUAAUUUUUGUGGUCGAGUUGAAGGUUUUGUAUGUUUUUAAUCAUUUUAUUGUCGUCUAUUCAUCUUGUUAAGUCUAGUGUAUAAAUUCAGGGCUGUUAAAACAUGGUAUAUACACAUGGAACUAGUGUUUCACGUGGAAGACUUCCCUCCUUUGUCUUUAAGUUAUAAAUAAUGAAUUAAGAAAUUCAAAUGUAAUAAACGGGUGAAUAAAAAAAACAUACUUUUGUGCUAGGUCUAUUGCUUCUGUUCGCGUGCAUUCGUUCACAUUUAAGCACCUGCGCUAGUCAAAAUUAAGCAACACCUGCGUGUGUAAUGGAAUCUUUAUACUUGUAAUAGUAGAAAUCCUCUGUUUGGGUCCGAUAUUGUUAUUGCGUACUUAAUUAAAUUAAAUGCUAUUUAUUGAAACUUAAUUAUAACAAUUUUGAUGUAACAAUCGUUUGUAAUUUAAUCAUUUACUGCUGUCUUAUAAUUAUCAGGUAGGCCUCAGGUAUAAAUCGAGGGCCGGUAUAAUUAUACACAUGUAACACGUGAUUCUGCUGCUAUCACAUACUUCCCUUCGUUGUCUACCAUCUCUAUUUUGAGGGGGGAAAAGCAUAAAAAUUAUGAAAUCCAAAUGCAAUAAAUGGGUGAAUGAAAAAAAGUUGUUAGUAACUGUCUUCUAAUAACAGGCUAGGUCUUUCUGUACGCGAAUUAUUACUGAAUUUUCGCGUUUAUGUGUAUCCGCCGUCACCUGCGCUCAUCAGAAUGCAACGCCUGCGUGCGUUAUCUUUGAAUGGACAACAGUUUCCAUGGAAGUAGAACGCAUUUUAAUCCAUAACGUCCAAGUUCGGAUCUAAGAACGUUUCGAUGCUGUUUAUUCCGCUCUCAUUAACAUUCACGAAUAUUUAACUUUGAUUUUAUCAUGAAUUAUAUAUUUGACAAUGGGUAACAAAAGUGCUCGACGCCGACCACAACUUCCGUCGUUUGAGGAGGACCCGCUACACUUUACAACAAACUGUAUAUUGCAAAAACGUUUCAACAUUUUACGUAAAAAGUUGAAGACCACAGAAAUAAAUUGGUCAGAAUUGAUUAAUAAACGGCUUGAGCGUCAUUCUGAAGGGCCACUAGCUGGUCUACCAAAGCCACUAGGUCUGGAUUCAAAGGAACUUCCAUUGCACUCACUUUUUUCCAUGUUCAGUGUUGGAAAGUAUGAGAAAAAGCAUCUUAAAUUUGUAAAACUGCUCAUGCGCACAGGAUAUGAUCCAAAUAUCAGAGAUUCGCAGGGUCUAACAGCUUUGCACCAUGCCAUUCAAAGACUUCUUGCAUUUGACACCCAUCAUGACACUAGUCGAAAGUUGGAAGAUGCUUACUGGUAUGCAUUCAGGAUUGUCGAUGUCUUAUGCAAUCAUGGAGCCGACGUCAACAUACCGCACCCUUAUACGAAACACAACGCAUUGCACUUGGCAGCCAAAGCUGGACUUUACGAAGCUAUUACCACUUUGAUCGCACAUGGUUGCAAAAUAGAAGCACUUGAUUUCAGGAAACGCACUCCACUUGUAAUAGCUGUAGAAAACUCAUCAGCGAUGUGUGUAAAAUUUCUACUUAAACGUGGUUUUGCUAAUGCAUCUGUGAAAACACCAGAUGGUCAGACAAUUUUACAUUGUGCUAUGAUUGACUCUGGAUGGUCAGUGUCCAUUACACAAUUGCUUUUACCUUUACCUGUCAUUGAUAUCAAUGCGCGAGACAACCGAGGUGACACAGCUUUGCACAUUGCAGCACGGCGUCACUUAGAUCAAUUAAUUGUGGAACUUCUUAGAUACGGAGCAGACCCUGACAUAAGGAACAAGAAAGGUAGAAUACCUUUAUUUGAAUUCCUUGAUAAUGUGUCGUUGCUUUCAAAUCCAAAUGUCGCUAGAAUCGGCAUCGGUAAGAAAGUCAAGUGUUGUCGGUCGUUCGUGGCAUUGGUCGAGAAUACCACCAACCCGAGUUGGGCUGUUCAUGCAGACCAGAAGAGCUACGAACCGAACCUAAUGGCCGAUGAACAUGUAAGAGCUUUAGUAAUAGAUGAACUCAACCUACACCAGCCGCCAACUCUAAAACAUCUUUGUCGUUUGCAGAUAAGAAAACGGAUAGGAAUCAACAAAAUGGUGGACAACAAGAAACUUAUACGCAGUAUUGGAAUACCUCGCCAACUCGAAAAAUACAUAUGCUCGGACAAAUACAAGAGUGUUAUGUAUUCGAUUAACGCUUGGAAAUAAUGUAAUUUGAUUUAUAUUUGUUAAAUUUUAUAUUUAAUUCAAUAUCAUGUGUAUGUACAGGAAAUUUGAGCCCCGGCAGGCGUUCUUUUAUUAUAAAUAAUAACUGCAAUAUGUUUGAA